AUGGGCAAGUUUUCCGCCAAAAAGGUAUCGGCGUCAGGACGGGAGCCUAGUGAUUCCGGCGUUGUGCUACGAAAGCCAGCAGCACAACAGCCUUGCGGGAAGCUGAUCUCGCAGGCACGGGAUGCAGGCGAGAAGCAUUCCAAAAUACUUUCCGACUUGCGCAAUUUUCGUGCUUUGCACAAGUGUUUGCCGGCUAGAAAUGGAACUUUGGCGAGAGAGGACACGUUGGCUCGUGCGAUCAGCAUGCUUCGGAAGUCUUGGCCAUCUUUGGACGCCGAAGUCCGAGAAGGCCUGACGCGUGAAUUCGCGGACGUGCUGGAUGGAGCGCUUUCUAGCAGUCGCCGUGACCUGGCCGUGCUCUCUGCUUUGGAGGAAGGUGCCGCCUUUCAUCUGCAGCAUGGCAGACAUGCCCGCCGUGGACGGGAAGCGGUUGUCCGUGGUGAAGAUGCCUUGGCGCAGCGGAUCCAGCGGGCUGUGGCCAACCUGGAUUCUUUUCCUGAAGUUGCGAUCGCACAUGCUGCAUUUUUGGAGUCCUGGCACGCAGCAGAUGCAUGUGCAGAGAUGAGUGUCGGCGCAGCUGAAGCCGCUUUGGAGGAAGGUGCCGCCUUUCAUCUGCAGCAUGGCAGACAUGCCCGCCGUGGACGGGAAGCGGUUGUUCGUGGUGAAGAUGCCUUGGCGCGGCGGAUCCAGCGGGCUGUGGCCAACCUGGAUUCUUUUCCUGAACUUGCGAUCGCACAUGCUGCAUUUUUGGAGUCCUGGCACGCAGCAGAUGCAUGUGCAGAGAUGAGUGUCGGCGCAGCUGAAGCCGCUUUGGAGGAAGGUGCCGCCUUUCAUCUGCAGCAUGGCAGACAUGCCCGCCGUGGACGGGAAGCGGUUGUCCGUGGUGAAGAUGCCUUGGCGCAGCGGAUCCAGCGGGCUGUGGCCAACCUGGAUUCUUUUCCUGAACUUGCGAUCGCACGAGUGUCGGCGCAGCUGAAGCCGCUUUGGAGGAAGGUGCCGCCUUUCAUCUGCAGCAUGGCAGACAUGCCCGCCGUGGACGGGAAGCGGUUGUCCGUGGUGAAGAUGCCUUGGCGCGGCGGAUCCAGCAGGCUGUGGCCAACCUGGAUUCUUUUCCUGAACUUGCGAUCGCGCAUGCUGCAUUUUUGGAGUCCUGGCACGCAGCAGACGUUCUUCUGGACGCAGCAAAAGCCGCUUUGGAGGAAGGUGCCGCCUUUCAUCUGCAGCAUGGCAGACAUGCCCGCCGUGGACGGGAAGCGGUUGUCCGUGGUGAAGAUGCCUUGGCGCAGCGGAUCCAGCGGGCUGUGGCCAACCUGGAUUCUUUUCCUGAACUUGCGAUCGCACAUGCUGCAUUUUUGGAGUCCUGGCACGCAGCAGACGUUCUUCUGGACGCAGCAAAAGCCGCUUUGGAGGAAGGUGCCGCCUUUCAUCUGCAGCAUGGCAGACAUGCCCGCCGUGGACGGGAAGCGGUUGUCCGUGGUGAAGAUGCCUUGGCGCAGCGGAUCCAGCGGGCUGUGGCCAACCUGGAUUUUUUUCCUGAAGUUGCGAUCGCACAUGCUGCAUUUUUGGAGUCCUGGCACGCAGCAGAUGCAUGUGCAGAGAUGA